CUGGUUUUGAUGCCAAUGUUAUUGUCCUUGGAUAUGGCAUCCAUUGUUAAUGUCAAGUUCUCUAUGCUAUGAGCUCAUCCGAAAGCUAUAGACAGGUAAAUUGGACACCUAAACCGAGUUGAGUAGACAAAUCCUCCUAAUCUUUGUUGGAGGAUUAAAACAUAAGGAGGAAGCUCGCUUGAGCUCGAGACAUGGACCUCUAACUAUUCAGGCUCCACUUCAUCUGUUGGCUAUGUUGCCUUCUUCCAAGAGGGCUAACCAGUGGUCCCUGUCAGAGAUGCUGGGCCAGCGGAGAUGGCUGCUAGGCCUUGGCGCUCUACUGGCCUGGUUGAUCCUCUUCCAUCUCCUCGUUAACGUCUGGCUCCUCUGCAUCUUCACUAGUCUCCUGGUUGUCUUGGGAGGUUGGCUCGGAUCGCGAGCCAUUCUCAAUGCCAACAGCCUUCUCCACUUGGAGCAUUUCUUGCCGCUGGGCGGGGCGACUCCGUCUCAGUGUUUAGCUGAACACGAGUGGAGACUCAAUCACGAGAUCCACAGCGCCGUCCACAAAGCGGUUCGGGACUUUGUGUCUUCCUGGUAUCGCACACUUCUGCCAGAGGUGGAAGGCGAGUUUGAGCGUUCGGUGCGCAAUUCCAUGCUGGAAUCGGUGAUGGAGCUGAAGGAGCGUGCAAGACGAGUAGACAGAAAGGCCCUGGUCCAACGGAUUUUAGAGCUGUACGGCUGUCACUUGCAGAGCUACAUGACAGCCAGGCACAUGCUGCUGGAAACACAGGACGAGAAUCUUACGCUUUGGCAGCUAUACCAGGAUAUAGACAGCCCUCAUCCAGCCGUGAGCGACGGAGACGCUGAGCUCAGCUACGCCAGAGCUCUGGUUAACCUCGUCUUGCAUGUGCUUGUUCCGUACCCUCAGAUGGAAACCAGGACCGGUGGGUACAUGGUAACUGAACUCAUCACCUGCAAUGUGUUUCUGCCACUAAUAAGCAGGCUAUCUGACCCCGACUGGCUCAACCAAACUAUUGUCGACAUCCUCACCAGGUCACAAAAACCACCGGAUGGCACCCUGUACAAGUGCGCACUCUAUGAUUCAUGGAUCACUUGUCUGUCGUCUUCUGAUCAAGUGAGCCUCGUGAGCGAGAGCAACUCUGAUUUUCGUGUUCUCCUCAGCCCGAUGAGUGAGGAAGACUCCUCGAGGUGCAGCACGCUGAGCCUUGAGACUUGCUCUGGUAAAGCUGAGAAUUGCCACGCUGGUCUGCUCACGCCGGGUAAGGUCAACUGCUGUUCCCUCACGUCUGGGCAUUGCACUCGCCUCCCAGAGUCCAAGAUGCUGUCCUUGGACUCUAUGAUGCAGUCCGACACGGAAGAUGGCACAACCAGACGCCUGUGUGAAUGCGGUCCCUCGACCAACUUCUGCAACACCAAUCUAAAAGACGACGCUGAUGAUUUUGGCUGCUUCGGUACACUGAAAAAUCUGGGCCCGAAGGUGGUGCCCGUGAAUUCGACCUGGCCUGCUGGUAUUGUUCAAGAAAAAUCCCCAGCAGGGCCUUCAAGAAGAUUUUGCCUCAGUCCCUUAAAUUUUGACACGCCAAACAAACCAUCAAUGGGCAUCCAAAAUGUCCAAAUUGCUGGAACAGUCAGUGCAAAGGAGCAGCGCGGUACUGGAAUGCAUCCUUACACUCUCUACACUAUCACGUUUGAGACUGCAGCCUGCCCCGAAAGCGGUGACCUUUUGCAACCAGCGACCUGUCAUUCAGUCAAUCGCAGAUACAGCGAGUUCCUUAACUUGCAAACACGUUUGGAGGAGAACCCAGAAGUGAAGAAAUUUGUCAAAAGUGUAAAAGGUCCAAAGAAAAUGUUUCCUGAUCUUCCCUUUGGGAACACAGAUGGUGAGAAGGUGGAAGCCCGUAAAGGCCAACUGGAUACGUUCCUUAAGCAACUAAACAGCAUACCAGAGACAGCGAGGAGUGAGGACAUGCAGGAGUUCCUCUCUCUGAACUCAGGGGUUUGCACAUAUUUUGGAAAAAGGCCUUUUGUCAAGUCAAGAAUUGAUAAGAUGAUGGAAAAUGCUUUAGACACAUUGAAGACAGCCUUUCCUCACCCCGAGGCCAUGAGUCCAACAGAGGACCUUGAAGGAGACUCUGAAGGGAGAACACUUGACAACAAAAAGUACAGGAGGCUCAUAUUCACCAGCAAAGUGUCUCCAUCGCUCAAUAUACCCGAUUUACACCCUAAAGUGACUUACUGCUUUAAUGAAGGCAGCCCUGUGCUCAAUGGCAUGCCCUUGUCCAGACUAGAGAACUUCGUCCUGGAGCAGGAAACACUUUUAUGUGAGCCCCAAGGCAGAAAGCAAGACAAGCAGACAGAGUUCUUGGGCACAAACAAGGAGACUUGUGGGAAAAUUCACGGUACAGACACAGCUGUGGCGGAUGUUGCGCUGAACAUUUUGUGUUUGUUGAUGAAGGACCAGUGGAGUUGGCUGUGCACUGAGAACAUCCAGAAGGCCAUCAGACUUAUCUUUGGCACUUUUAUUGAGAGAUGGAUGGACAUUGGUGUGGCCCACCUGACCAGCGCCCCCUGUUGGGUCAUUUACCUCCAAGUGCUGCAAGAGGCCGUGUGGCCCGGAGGCGCUCUUCCCGCCCACCCACAGCCGGAGCGCAGCGCCGCUGAAAGAGAGGAAACCAAGAUGCGAUGUCUUGAAUGUCUCGUGGAGCUACUUCCGGAGCUCAUCACUGACAUGUUAGGCAGUGACAAGUACAGAUUGAGUUUGGAGACCAUGCUCGAGUCUUUACAGGACCACCACGUUAACAGGCAUCUGAUUUACUGUAUUUGUGACCUGCUACUGGAGUUUCUGAUACCAGAAUCGAGCAAUGAUUCCUUCCAGAGGUCUCUUCUGUGCAAAGAUACUCCUCCCUGAUGGCCACGUUUCAUCACAGCUGUCUCACAGCUUGAAGUUGAGGCGGACCUGAUGCAUUCAUACCUGGACUGUGCGAACUAAGGCCACGGUGCAACUGCAUCGGAGGACACACUUGAUGUUUGUUUGCUCCAUCUUAGAGCGGACGUUUUAGCUCUCUACUAACUGACUCUAAUGGCAUGAAGUUCAGCGCCUGUAUAUUGUGUAUGGACGGUGAAAGCAGCUUUUAUACCGGCUAUUUUUAUUUUAUUGUUCCGCAUACACCUCAGUUUUCAACGUUAGGUGCAGUUGCACAAAUAAGAUCCAAGACAAGAGAUGAAUGGGAAAAUAAGGCUCAGUUUUUACCCUUUGAAUUCUUUCAGUUUGUCCUAAACGUUGAUGAAUAAUUUACCUUUAGCGAUUUACCCGCUCAGUGAGAUGCAGGCUGUGAUUCCUUCAGUUAUUCGUCCCAGCUUCAAGACAGAUUUGCAUUUAUACAGCACCGAAAUGCAUUUGGAAUUGUUCAUUGCCGCUAAAUGAUUUAAAGAGAAUCAUUUUGGAAAGUUGACCAGUUCGUUUGAAAGCAAACCAAACGCAUUUAGCGAUAGCAUUCAAGUUGUGCGACUGAGCUGGAGUGAUGAUUUUUAUGCAUAAUUUAUGUCAGUACGAAUACAAAAGUGCGAUUUGGUGAGGAAUGUGCAAAGCAUAUGUGAAAAGAUGCUGGAAGUCCACUGAGCCAAGUGUUGUUUUUAUCAGUCACGUCAAUGUCUGCUCCAGGCAGUUUUGUAAUCUUCCCAUGGUC